AUGAGUAAAGGUAAAGAGGGUGACCACAACGGGAAGGUUGGGAACUCAGAAACACAUCAUCCAGAUGAGGAUAACAACUUACUGCCUAUAGACAGAGGAUGGGCUUGGGCGAUACUGGGAGGAUGUUUCCUGAAUGCUAUGCUAAUGGGUGGAUACAACCGAUCCAUGGCACUGUUCUUUGUGGAAUACCUUGAGAUGUUUGGUGCAUCUACAACAAAGACAACCCUAAUCCUUGGGAUGGUGUUCUCGAAAGGCUCCCAGAUGGACGGGCAGUGCACAAUGAUAGCGUUUGCCAAACUCCAAGGAAUGGGGAAUUCAAUGAUACAUGCACCAGCUUUAGUGCUGAUUGGAAAAUACUUCAAGAAAAGACGAGGCCUGGCUACAACAGCUGCAAGAGUGGCAUCACAGUUUAUAAUGUUCUACACCACAUAUCCUCUUCUUGUAGCCUACUGUGUAGUGGUUGGCGUCUUCGGAUGUGCCUUCCCGUGCCUUCUUCCAUUAGUAAUAGUGGAUUUCAUGGGGGUCGACUGUGCAUUACGUGAUUUGACCGGAUCCUAUCUACCCUGUUUCCAGUACCUUGGUGCGACAUCUUUGCUUGCCGCAGCACAGUUGCUAUGCGAGCCUCUUGUACGACAUUAUACAGCGAAAACCACGGAAGGAUCACCAUCAAAAGAUGAAGAAUGUCUGGAACCACUGAAAUAG